UUACUGUAAGACAGGUUGGGCUGUUUUUGUAAGGUUGUAUUGGUGCGAACACGGAGAAAAAAAUAAAAUGUCAGUUUUUGCUUGGAAAAUUAUUUUUCGACACUUUUUAUCUCCGUGCACACUUUUCGACAAACCUCGUGACGUCACAAAGUUUUGUUUUUCUUUUGGUUGGCAGACGGGCGAGUUGGUUUUGACGAAUCGGUGCCGUGAUUAUGGCCAUCUGCAGGGUCAAAGGAUGCAAAUCAACCAGAAGUAAUCCGACCGUAACCCUGCACAAAUUCCCAAAAGAUCCAAAUGUGCGUGAUAAGUGGUUAAAGUUUUGCGGGUGUGCUGACGGCCAGAAUCUAUUUGUUUGCUCCCUCCACUUCCGGGAAAACGAUUACGAACACAUUUUUAUGCAAAAUGCAAAAAAAAUUCUUCAAAAAUCAGCUGUGCCUUCAAUCCGUGUCCCAGCGGUUGAAUCUGCUCGGGAUAACAGAGUAUCGUGUCGGAAUCGAAAGAAGCUGGUCGUGGAACUCUUGGAGGCGGACGAAAUUCGGAGCAAAGAAGCGGCCGAUUAUCAAAAGCUGUUACAUGAAGUUUACGAGCCGUUGAGCCCGUUUGAUUGGUUCCCUUCAGUGUCAGUAACCGAUCCCGCCAUCGUCCGACCGGAAAGUGUGAGCGUGACGUCCGGAAGUCGAAGUCCUGCAGUCGAUGUUUCGCUGCCCGUUCCCGCCAUCGAACAACCGGAAAGUGUGGCCCUGACGUCCGGAUGUCGUAGUCCUGCAGUCGAUGCUGCCAUCGUCCGACCGGAAAGUGUGAGCCAGACGUCUGGAAUUCGCAGUCCUGCAGCCGAUGCUUCGGUGCUCGUUCCCGCCAUCGUCCGACCGGAAAGAGUGAGCGUGACGUCCGGAAGUCGAAGUCCUGCAGUCGAUGUUUCGCUGCCCGUUCCCGCCAUCGAACAACCGGAAAGUGUGGCCCUGUCGUCCGGAUGUCGUAGUCCUGCAGUCGAUGCCGCCAUCGUCCGACCGGAAAGUGUGGGCCUGACGUCCGGAAUUCGCAGUCCUGCAGCCGAUGCUUCGUUGCUCGUUCCCGCCAUCGUCCGACCGGAAAGAGUGCUGAAGAGUGCCUCCCUGCUGAAAAAGAAUUAAAAACAAAUACUUAAGCUUUUCUAUUUUUAUCGUUUCAGAUAUUCCAAAAAGCCAUUCUGACUUCGAUACAAUCCAUCCGGAGAUUGCUCUUUAAAAUGCGGGUCGAUUAUGGCAUUUCUUUUAUUAUGUGCUAUAAAGUAAAUCAAGAUUUUCUUGAAAGUCUAUUUGCUAUGGUGCGCCUGAAUGGCGGCAACGAUCAUCCUUCUCCUCUGGAAGCAUUAAACCGAGUGAAGCUUAUUAUCCUUGGGAAAAAUCUGAUGUUUCCGAUGAGUGCCAAUCAGAACACCGAGCUGAACAAGGACGUCGAAGAACACUUCUUGAUGUCUUCGAUUUUCCGCAAAAAAAAAAGAGUCAACAUCGGACAACCCGGACGAGCCACAUGAUGAGGAAACCGACGAAGACGAGCCAUGGACAUUCCAACCAAGAAGGCGUGCUCUUGAAGAGCUAGAUGGACAGAACUACGUGCAAGGGUACAUGGCGAAAUCGCUGAUGAAGAACCACGACUGGACCGGAAAUUACACAUACCAACUGGAGAGCGGCACCGAGCAACAAUUUGGGAAAGAAAACUACGUGGAAGAUCUCUCACGGGGAGGGCUAGUUCAACCAUCCCAACAAUGGGAAGAACUGGCCGAACAAAUGGAAGACUAUUUCAACCACAUUCACAAUCUUGGAAAGGACAAAGAGGAGCCCGGCUUCAGGGACAGCACAAAUGUUUGCCAAAAAUCUAUUCAAAAGAUGACGAAAACGUUUCCCGAUGUGCCAGCAGAUGUUAUAAAAACUUUCGUGAAAAAACGAAUCAAUAUUCGUGUUCGACACCUAAAGAAGCAGAUCCAGGAGAAGAAACAUCAUCGAUUCAAGAUCAUGAAGAACAAUAAGAAAUCGAAAAAUGAAGAGAAAAAAUCAGAACUCAGCAAGAACCAGAAAAAAAUUAAACAUUUUACUACAUAAAUAUCGUAUUAUAACUAAAAAUAUG